CUUUAGAGAGAGAGAGAGAGAGAGAGAGAGAGAGAGAGAUGGAAGAUGAGACAAAGUCGAGAUUCAAGAGGAUCUGUGUCUUCUGUGGGAGCAGUUCGGGCAAAAAACCCUCCUAUCAAGAAGCUGCCAUUCAAUUGGGCAAUGAAUUGGUGGAAAGAAGAAUUGAUUUGGUAUACGGAGGUGGGAGCGUGGGGCUCAUGGGACUCGUCUCUCAGGCCGUUCAUCAUGGUGGUCGCCAUGUCCUAGGGGUCAUUCCCAAAACCUUGAUGCCAAGAGAGAUAACCGGGGAGACCGUCGGAGAAGUCAAAGCCGUUGCGGAUAUGCAUCAAAGGAAAGCCGAAAUGGCCCGUCAAGCUGAUGCCUUUAUUGCCCUUCCUGGUGGAUAUGGAACCCUUGAAGAGCUGCUCGAAGUCAUUACGUGGGCUCAACUUGGUAUCCAUCGCAAACCUGUAGGUCUUCUCAACGUCGAUGAAUAUUACGAUUCGUUGUUAUCGUUCAUCGACAAGGCCGUCGACGAAGGUUUUAUUUCGCCCACCGCUCGUAGAAUCAUCGUCUCUGCUCCGACCGCCAAAGAAUUGGUCAGAAAACUAGAGAAAUAUGAACCGGAGUACGAUGAGGUAACGUCGAAGUUGGUAUGGGAUGAAGUGGACCGGAUAAAUUACGUACCGGGAUCGGAGUGUACGGAGGGACUGGAUCGACGAAAGAAAAACAUUUUGGGGAAUGAGAAAGAAAAUGGAAAUGUAGGGGCUGUUUUAUAAUAUUGGUCUUUUUGGUGGUCAGUCUGUGAGUGAAACCAUAUGUUACUUGGUGAUCAUCAGUUCCAUUCCAUGCAUUCGUCUCGACAUUUUGGUUCUGCAUAAAGUUUUUAAAAAAAAAGAGAGUGAAAGCUUUUUUUUGCUUGAAUGUGAAAAAAUUACAGUCGAUCAGUAAAAAAUGCGGUGUUUUUUACUGUAAUUUUUUGGAAAAUACAAAUCACAUUCAGGCAAAAAAAAGAAAUUAUAAUUUUUUUUUUCUGUUUUUUUCAACAUUAGAGAGCGAACGUUGCCGCACACACGGGGUGGAUAUUAUAUAAAAUAAAAUUAUUCAGUUUUUAGAUAUGUCGUAAGAAGGAACAACAAAUACAUGUCUGGAUUGGAAUU